AUGAGUCCUGCCGUGUCCCGACACACACAACCGCAUACAGCAGAAGGCAGGAGCAGAGAGCAGAGUGGGCGGGGCAGAACGUUUGAGUGCGUCUGUGAAGGGACAUCGUUUUCAGCACAUGAGGAGGCUCUGGAGUCUGGAGAGGAGACACUGGUUAUCAGAAGCAAUGGGGAAGUAACACUUAAUUCUGAUGAGAUUACAUUACCCUAUUCACGUGGAAAUCUGAGUGUUUUUGAGCCCACAAGCUUUACCACUGUUGUCUAUACACAACUUGGUGUUCGACUGGAAAUCACAAGGGUGCCUGAGAUGCAACUGUAUAUAUAUGUAAGCACUGCUUUAUCUGGAAAAGUCUGUGGUCUUUGUGGAAAUUUCAAUGAUAAACAGUUGGAUGAUUUUGUUGUUCCGGGAGGAAUGUCAGUACAAGAUUUGUCUACUUUUACACAUUCAUGGAGGAGUGAUCACACCUGUGGAAAAGUUUUAACAGAUACUAUUGAUCCGUGUGCCAUUAACAUUCAAAAAGAAUCGUAUGCACAUGACUGGUGCUCCAAGCUGAAUUCCGGAACUGAAGUUUUCUCAGCUUGUCACUCUGUAGUUAAUCCAACAAUUUAUUAUCAGAGAUGCUUGUAUGAUGCCUGUUUGUGCAAGAGAUCAGAAGACUGUUUAUGUGCAGUAUUUUCAAACUACAUCCGAGCGUGUGCUGAGCGUGGAAUCAGGCUUCAAAACUGGAGAGAACAUAUUUGUGAUAAAUAUGUAAAAGAAUGUCCAUCUACAAUGAACUUCCAGUACAAUGUAGAUAAAUGCCAGCCCACCUGCAUGGCUUUGAGUGAAACAGAUGAAUCCUGCUUGUUGUCAUUUGCCCCUACCGAAGGCUGCGUCUGUAACCAAGAUUUGUACAUGAGUGAGAAAGAUUGUAAACCACCUAUGGUCUACUUUAACUGCUCUUUAGAACCUCCCGGCGCCACUGGGAUUGAAUGUUUAGAAAGCUGUCAAAGAUUAGAUAUUGACUGCUAUAGCGUUGAAUGUGUGUCGGGUUGUGUUUGUCCCGACAACCUGUUAGCUGAUGGAAAAGGAGGAUGUGUUUCCAUGGACAGCUGCUCUUGUAUGUUCAAUAACAUUGUAUAUGAGCACAUGCAAACAACAACGAUUGGAUGUAACAUGUGUACCUGCAAGAACCGUAAAUGGGAAUGUGACCAUGAUGUCCCUAUGGGAGUGUGUAAAGUUUAUGGAGAUGGAAAUUAUGAGACAUUUGAUGGAAGACGAUAUCGAUUCAGUGGAGAAUGUGAAUACAUUGUCGCUCAGGAUUGUUGUGGAGAGGAUAAAGAGAAUUCAACAUUCAAAGUUAUUACUGAAAAUACACAAUGUAGUGACACUGGUUUAACUUGUGCCAAGACCAUCAUAGUUAGUCUAGAGGGUUAUGAAAUCCUUCUUACCGAUGGAGAAGUGGAGGUUAUUAAUGUGGGAGAUGGAGAAGAAACCCCUUAUUACAUCAAAAACAAUAGUCUUAAUUUGAUCAUCAAAGCAAAAAAUGGAAUUAUCCUGGUUUGGGAUAAGAAGACGGGUCUUUCAAUCAAGGUCCCAGAACAGUUUCAGCAUAAAGUUUGUGGACUCUGUGGAAAUUAUGAUGGCAAUUCAAACAAUGAUUUUAAUACAAGAGGCCACUGUACUGUUGAGGAUAUUUUGGAAUUUGGCAACAGCUGGAAGAUGAAACCAACAUGCAACGAUGUUAAAGACAUAAUAGAACCUUGUGAUGUUAACCCGUUCAGAAAGCCAUGGGCACAAAGACAAUGCAGUGUCAUCCUCAGUGACACCUUCAAAGCCUGCCAUUCUCAGGUGGAUCCCAGUAGUUAUUAUGAAGCAUGUGUGAAAGAUUCAUGUGCUUGUGAUGAAGGAGGAGACUGUGAAUGCUUUUGCACUGCAGUAGCCCAAUACGCUCAGGCUUGCCUUUCUCACUGUGUCUGUGUGGAGUGGAGAACUCCUACUCGUUGCCCUGCAUUCUGUGAAUAUUACAAUGAGCAUGAAGAUGAGUGUCAGUGGCAUUAUAGACCCUGUGGACCCCACUGCAUGAAAUCCUGUAGGAACCCAUCAGGAGUUUGUGCAUCUGAUGCAGUCAAAGUGGAAGGUUGUUAUCCAGUAUGUCCACCUGAGAAACCGUUUUUUGAGGAAGUUAGUAUGAAAUGUGUAGAUGUAUGUGGAUGCUACGACAACACAGGGAAAUACUAUAAUCCUGGAGAGCAAAUACCCUCUUGUGACCCCUGUGUAAUUUGUACUGGAACAACAACAUCAACCACUACAACUACCACACCAUCUACAACUACUGGAACAACCACUACACCAUCAUCUACAUCCACUGGAACAACAACAUCAACCACACCACCAUCUACAACUACUGGAACAACAACAUCAACCACUACAACUACCACACCAUCUACAACUACUGGAACACCAUUUACCACUACAGCUACACCACCAUCUUCAACUACUGGAACAAUAAUCACUACAACUACCCCACUAUCUACAACUUCUGUAACAACAACAGCAACCACAACAACUACACCGCCAUCUACAACCACUGGAACAACAACAUCAACCUCUACACCACCAUCUACAACUAGUGGAUCAACAACAUCAACUACUACAACUACCACACCAUCUACAGCUACUGGAACAACAACAUCAACCACUACACCACCAUCUACAACCACUGGAACAACAACAUCAACCACUACACCACCAUAUACAACUAGUGGAACAACAACAUCAACUACUACAACUACCACACCAUCUACAACUAGUGGAACAACAACAUCAACCACUAUACCACCAUCUACAACUACUGGAACAACAACAUCAACCACUACACCACCAUCUACAACCACUGGAACAACAAUAUCAACCACUACACCACCAUCUACAACUAGUGGAACAACAACAUCAACUACUACAACUACCACACCAUCUACAACUACUGGAACAACCACUACACCACCAUCUACAUCCACUGGAACAACAACAUCAACCACUACAACCACACCACCAUCUACAACUACAACUACCACACCAUCUACAACUAGUGGAACAACAACAUCAACCACUACACCACCAUCUUCAACUACUGGAACAAUAAUCACUACAACUACCCCACUAUCUACAACUUCUGUAACAACAACAGCAACCACAACAACUACACCACGAUCUACAACUACUGGAACAACAACAUCAACCACUACAACCACACCACCAUCUACAACUACAACUACCACACCAUCUACAACUAGUGGAACAACAACAUCAACCACUAUACCACCAUCUACAACUACUGGAACAACAACAUCAACCACUACACCACCAUCUACAACCACUGGAACAACAACAUCAACCACUACACCACCAUCUACAACUAGUGGAACAACCACAUCAACUACUACAACUACCACACCAUCUACAACUACUGGAACAACCACUACACCACCAUCUACAACCACAUCAACCACUACACCACCAUCUACAACUAGUGGAACAACAACAUCAACUACUACAACUACCACACCAUCUACAACUACUGGAACAACCACUACACCACCAUCUACAACUACUGGAACAACAACAUCAACCACUACAACUAUCACACCAUCUACAACUACUGGAACAACAUUUACCACUACAGCUACACCACCAUCUUCAACUACUGGAACAAUAACCACUACAACUAGUGGAACAACAACAUCAACCACUAUACCACCAUCUACAACUACUGGAACAACAACAUCAACCACUACACCACCAUCUACAACCACUGGAACAACAACAUCAACCACUACACCACCAUCUACAACUAGUGGAACAACAACAUCAACUACUACAACUACCACACCAUCUACAACUACUGGAACAACCACUACACCACCAUCUACAACCACUGGAACAACAACUACUACAACUACCACACCAUCUACAACUACUGGAACAACAACAUCAACCACUACACCACCAUCUACAACUACUGGAACAACAACAUCAACCACUACACCACCAUCUACAACCACUGGAACAGCAACAUCAACCACUAUACCACCAUCUACAACUAGUGGAACAACAUCAACUACUACAACUACCACACCAUCUACAACUACUGGAACAACAACAUCAACCACUACACCACCAUCUACAACUACUGGAACAACUACAUUAACCACUACACCACCAUCUACAACCACUGGAACAACAACAUCAACCACUACAACCACACCACCAUCUACAACUACUGGAACAACAACAUCAACCACUACAACUAUCACACCAUCUACAACUACUGGAACAACAUUGACCACUACAGCUACACCACCAUCUUCAACUACUGAAACAAUAACAUCAACGACUACACCACCAUCUACAACUACUGGAACAACAACAACAACAACAACCACUACAACUACACCACCAUCUUCAACUACUGGAACAACAACAUCAACCACAGCAACUACCCCACCAUCUACAACUACUGGAACAACCACUACACCACAAUCUACAUCCACUGGAACAACAACAUCAACCACUACACCACCAUCUACAAUUACUGGAACAACAAUAUCAACCACUACACCCCCAUCUACAACCACUAGAACAACAACAUCAACCUCUACACCACCAUCUACAACUAGUGGAACAACAACAUCAACCACUACACCACCAUCUACAACCACUGGAACAACAACAUCAACCACUACAACCACAUCACCAUCUACAACUACUGGAACAACAACAUCAACCACUACAACUAUCACACCAUCUACAACUACUGGAACAACAUCAUCAACCACUACACCACCAUCUACAACUACUGGAACAACAACAUCAACCACUACACCACCAUCUACAACCACUGGAACAACAACAUCAACCACUACAACCACAUCACCAUCUACAACUACUGGAACAACAACAUCAACCACUACAACUAUCACACCAUCUUCAACUACUGGAACAAUAACAUCAACGACUACACCACCAUCUACAACUACUGGAACAACAACCACAACCACUACAACUACACCACCAUCUUCAACUACUGGAACAACAACAUCAACCACAACAACUACCCCACCAUCUACAACUACUGGAACAACCACUACACCACCAUCUACAACCACUGGAACAACAACAUCAACCACACCACCAUCUAUAACUACUGAAACAACAACAUCAACCACUACAACUACCACACCAUCUACAACUACUGGAACAACAUUUACCACUACAGCUACACCACCAUCUUCAACUACUGGAACAAUAACCACUACAACUACCCCACUAUCUACAACUUCUGUAACAACAACAGCAACCACAACAACUACACCGCCAUCUACAACCACUGGAACAACAACAUCAACCUCUACACCACCAUCUACAACUAGUGGAUCAACAACAUCAACUACUACAACUACCACACCAUCUACAACUACUGGAACAACAACAUCAACCACUACACCACCAUCUACAACUACUGGAACAACAACAUCAACCACUACACCACCAUCUACAACUACUGGAACAACAACAUCAACUACUACAACUACCACACCCUCUACAACUACUGGAACAACAACAUCAACCAUUACACCACCAUCUACAACUACUGGAACAACCACAUUAACCACUACACCACCAUCUACAACCACUGGAACAAAAACAUCAACCACUACAACCACACCACCAUCUACAACUACUGGAACAACAAUAUCAACCACUACAACUAUCACACCAUCUACAACUACUGGAACAACAUUGACCACUACAGCUACACCACCAUCUUCAACUACUGGAACAAUAACAUCAACGACUACACCACCAUCUACAACUUCUGGAACAACAACCACUGCAACUACACCACCAUCUACAAUUACUGGAACAACAACAUCAACCACAACAACUACCCCACCAUCUACAACUACUGGAACAACAACCACUACAACUACACCACCAUCUACAACUACUGGAACAACAACAACAACCACUACAACUACACCACCAUCUUCAACUACUGGAACAACAACCACUGCAACUACACCACCAUCUACUAUUACUGGAACAACAACAUCAACCACAACAACUACCCCACCAUCUACAACUACUGGAACAACCACUAUACCACCAUCUACAUCCACUGGAACAACAGCAUCAACCACUACACCACCAUCUACAACUACUGAAAAAACAACAUCAACCUCUACACCACCAUCUACAACUAGUGGAACAACAACAACUACUACAACUACCACACCAUCUACAACUACUGGAACAACAACAUCAACCACUACACCACCAUCUACAACUACUGGAACAACAACAUCAACCACUACACCACCAUCUACAACCACUGGAACAGCAACAUCAACCACUAUACCACCAUCUACAACUAGUGGAACAACAUCAACUACUACAACUACCACACCAUCUACAACUACUGGAACAACAACAUCAACCACUACACCACCAUCUACAACUACUGGAACAACUACAUUAACCACUACACCACCAUCUACAACCACUGGAACAACAACAUCAACCACUACAACCACACCACCAUCUACAACUACUGGAACAACAACAUCAACCACUACAACUAUCACACCAUCUACAACUACUGGAACAACAUUGACCACUACAGCUACACCACCAUCUUCAACUACUGAAACAAUAACAUCAACGACUACACCACCAUCUACAACUACUGGAACAACAACAACAACCACUACAACUACACCACCAUCUUCAACUACUGGAACAACAACAUCAACCACAACAACUACCCCACCAUCUACAACUACUGGAACAACCACUACACCACCAUCUACAUCCACUGGAACAACAACAUCAACCACUACACCACCAUCUACAAUUACUGGAACAACAAUAUCAACCACUACACCCCCAUCUACAACCACUAGAACAACAACAUCAACCUCUACACCACCAUCUACAACUAGUGGAACAACAACAUCAACCACUACACCACCAUCUACAACCACUGGAACAACAACAUCAACCACUACAACCACAUCACCAUCUACAACUACUGGAACAACAACAUCAACCACUACAACUAUCACACCAUCUACAACUACUGGAACAACAUCAUCAACCACUAUACCACCAUCUACAACUACUGGAACAACAACAUCAACCACUACACCACCAUCUACAACCACUGGAACAACAACAUCAACCACUACAACCACAUCACCAUCUACAACUACUGGAACAACAACAUCAACCACUACAACUAUCACACCAUCUACAACUACUGGAACAACAUUGACCACUACAGCUACACCACCAUCUUCAACUACUGGAACAAUAACAUCAACGACUACACCACCAUCUACAACUACUGGAACAACAACCACAACCACUACAACUACACCACCAUCUUCAACUACUGGAACAACAACAUCAACCACAACAACUACCCCACCAUCUACAACUACUGGAACAACCACUACACCACCAUCUACAACCACUGGAACAACAACAUCAACCACACCACCAUCUAUAACUACUGAAACAACAACAUCAACCACUACAACUACCACACCAUCUACAACUACUGGAACAACAUUUACCACUACAGCUACACCACCAUCUUCAACUACUGGAACAAUAACCACUACAACUACCCCACUAUCUACAACUUCUGUAACAACAACAGCAACCACAACAACUACACCGCCAUCUACAACCACUGGAACAACAACAUCAACCUCUACACCACCAUCUACAACUAGUGGAUCAACAACAUCAACUACUACAACUACCACACCAUCUACAGCUACUGGAACAACAACAUCAACCACUACACUACCAUCUACAACUACUGGAACAACAACAUCAACCACUACACCACCAUCUACAACUACUGGAACAACAACAUCAACUACUACAACUACCACACCCUCUACAACUACUGGAACAACAACAUCAACCAUUACACCACCAUCUACAACUACUGGAACAACCACAUUAACCACUACACCACCAUCUACAACCACUGGAACAAAAACAUCAACCACUACAACCACACCACCAUCUACAACUACUGGAACAACAAUAUCAACCACUACAACUAUCACACCAUCUACAACUACUGGAACAACAACAUCAACCACAACAACUACCCCACCAUCUACAACUACUGGAACAACCACUACACCACCAUCUACAACCACUGGAACAACAACAUCAACCACACCACCAUCUAUAACUACUGAAACAACAACAUCAACCACUACAACUACCACACCAUCUACAACUACUGGAACAACAUUUACCACUACAGCUACACCACCAUCUUCAACUACUGGAACAAUAACCACUACAACUACCCCACUAUCUACAACUUCUGUAACAACAACAGCAACCACAGCAACUACACCGCCAUCUACAACCACUGGAAAAACAACAUCAACCUCUACACCACCAUCUACAACUAGUGGAUCAACAACAUCAACUACUACAACUACCACACCAUCUACAGCUACUGGAACAACAACAUCAACCACUACACUACCAUCUACAACUACUGGAACAACAACAUCAACCACUACACCACCAUCUACAACUACUGGAACAACAACAUCAACUACUACAACUACCACACCCUCUACAACUACUGGAACAACAACAUCAACCAUUACACCACCAUCUACAACUACUGGAACAACCACAUUAACCACUACACCACCAUCUACAACCACUGGAACAAAAACAUCAACCACUACAACCACACCACCAUCUACAACUACUGGAACAACAAUAUCAACCACUACAACUAUCACACCAUCUACAACUACUGGAACAACAUUGACCACUACAGCUACACCACCAUCUUCAACUACUGGAACAAUAACAUCAACGACUACACCACCAUCUACAACUUCUGGAACAACAACCACUGCAACUACACCACCAUCUACAAUUACUGGAACAACAACAUCAACCACAACAACUACCCCACCAUCUACAACUUCUGGAACAACAACCACUACAACUACACCACCAUCUACAACUACUGGAACAACAACAACAACCACUACAACUACACCACCAUCUUCAACUACUGGAACAACAACCACUACAUCAACCACUACACCACCAUCUACAACCACUGGAACAACAACAUCAACCACUACACCACCAUCUACAACUACUGGAACAACAACAUCAACCACUGGAACAACAACAUCAACCACUACACCACCAUCUACAACUACUGGAACAACAAAAACCACUACACCACCAUCUACAACCACUGGAACAACAAAAACCACUACACCACCAUCUACAACCACUGGAACAACAACAUCAACCUCUACACCACCAUCUACAACUAGUGGAACAACAACAUCAACUACUACAACUACCACACCCUCUACAACUACUGGAACAACCACAUUAACCACUACACCACCAUCUACAACCACUGGAACAAAAACAUCAACCACUACAACCACACCACCAUCUACAACUACUGGAACAACAAUAUCAACCACUACAACUAUCACACCAUCUACAACUACUGGAACAACAUUGACCACUACAGCUACACCACCAUCUUCAACUACUGGAACAAUAACAUCAACGACUACACCACCAUCUACAACUUCUGGAACAACAACCACUGCAACUACACCACCAUCUACAAUUACUGGAACAACAACAUCAACCACUACAACUACACCACCAUCUUCAACUACUGGAACAACAACCACUGCAACUACACCACCAUCUACUAUUACUGGAACAACAACAUCAACCACAACAACUACCCCACCAUCUACAACUACUGGAACAACCACUACACCACCAUCUACAACUACUGGAACAACAACAGCAACCACUACACCACCAUCUACAAUUACUGUAACAACAACAUCAGCCACUACACCACCAUCUACAACUACUGGAACAACAACAUCAGCCACUACACCACCAUCUACAACCACUGGAACAACAACAUCAACCUCUACACCACCAUCUACAACUAGUGGAACAACAGCAUCAACCACUACACCACCAUCUACAACCACUGGAACAACAUCAUCAACCACUACACCACCAUCUACAACUACUGGAACAACAACAUCAACCACUGGAACAACAACAUCAACCACUACACCACCAUCUACAACUACUGGAACAACAAAAACCACUACACCACCAUCUACAACCACUGGAACAACAAAAACCACUACACCACCAUCUACAACCACUGGAACAACAACAUCAACCUCUACACCACCAUCUACAACUAGUGGAACAACAACAUCAACUACUACAACUACCACCACACCAUCUACAACUACUGGAACAACAACAUCAACCACUACACCACCAUCUACACCUACUGGAACAACAACAUCAACCACUACACCACCAUCUACAACUACUGGAACAACAAAAACCACUACACCACCAUCUACAACCACUGGAACAACAACAUCAACCUCUACACCACCAUCUACAACUAGUGGAACAACAACAUCAACUACUACAACUGCCACACCAUCUACAACUACUGGAACAACAACAUCAACCACUACACCACCAUCUACAACCACAGGAACAACAACAUCAACCACUACACCACCAUCUACAACUACUGGAACAACAAAAACCACUACACCACCAUCUACAACCACUGGAACAACAAAAACCACUACACCACCAUCUACAACCACUGGAACAACAACAUCAACCUCUACACCAUCAUCUACAACUAGUGGAACAACAACAUCAACUACUACAACUACCACACCAUCUACAACUACUGGAACAACAACAUCAACCACUACACCACCAUCUACAACUACUGGAACAACAACAUCAACCACUACACCACCAUCUACAACUACUGGAACAACAACAAUAACCACUACACCACCAUCUACAACUACUGGAACAACAACAUCAACCGGUACCUAUACCAAUGCUACUCACCCCAAUCCAAUGCUGCUAAUCCCAGUGCUCACAAAAGAUGACAGCAAAUUCACUACCCUCUCCUCACAGGCUGUGAUUGACAGCAUCAGGUGUCUGGCUCCUGUGAGGAGGGGAAGAGUACAGCUUGUUCGAGAUCAGGAUCAGCCUGGAGAUACAUGGGUAGCAAAGUGCCAGACAAAAACAUGUAAUAUGGAUGGCAGCAUAAAUCGCGUGCCAUACGUUUGCCCGCCUGCUUCUGGAUCAUGCAGUACACCAAACAGUACUCUUGUAGGAGUGCCGCCUUCUAAAGGUUCCUGCUGUCCUACCUAUACAUGUGCAUGCGUUCCAGGCUCAUGCUCACUACCCCAAGUUUUCUGUCAACCUGGUUUUCGGCCAGAAGUAACCAUUGAAGGCUGCUGUCCCAAAACAACUUGUGUACCAAAAGGAGUUUGUGUGAAGGAUGGCAUUGAAUACCAGCCGGGCUCUCCAAUAUAUACUGCUCCAAAUAGCUGCAAAGAGUGCAAUUGUACUUCUAUGGUUAGCAGCUCAACACUACUGUAUGAAAUUAAUUGCCAAGCCAUUAUCUGCAAUACCACAUGUGGCCUGUUGUGA